GGUACCAUUUCGGGAGCAACUUUCGUCACGGAAACAUCAAGGAAAUCAACAGAAGAAGCAAGUUGCGCGGGUGCAAGUGUUUGGUUGGUUGCAAAAGAGGGAUAAAGUGCUCAGAGGACUGAAUUCAGUGGAAAAAAAAGUGUUUUGUUUUUUGUGAGUUAUCAGAUGGCAGCAGUAGUGAGAAGCAUGGCAUUGGGACAAAACAUUCAUAACAUUCUGCCAAACAACUGCAUUUUGGUGCAGCACAAGUCGAUCAGCCACCACGGGAAGCGACCAAUUGCUCCUGCUCCUAUGAUGGUGACGAGCCUUCCGCAGGGAGUUGGAUUAAAGUGCAAAACAGGAGCUAGUUCGGUGAAGAAGUACACCUACUGUGCCCUGCCGUAUGCUCCGACUCCUCAGCAGGCGGCUUCCGUUCAGCGCAGGAAUGCUCGGGAGCGGAACCGGGUGAAGCAGGUCAACAAUGGAUUCGCGAACCUGCGUCAACAUAUUCCGCCUACGGUGGUAACGGCGUUGGGCAAUGGAGGUCGUGGGGCCAGCAAGAAGCUCAGCAAAGUUGACACCCUUCGCAUGGCGGUGGAGUACAUCCGUAGCAUGCAGAAAAUGUUGGACGACAGCGGUGAAAACAGUCAGAAAAGUUUAAGUCAGAUGUCUUCGGCGAGUUCGUACUAUGGAACCAUGUCCGAGUCUUCACCGGCUUCGUCGCCGGCUCCUUCGCAAGUUUCGGAGAAUUCGUACACGCAGAUCGGAGGAACUACGUUCAAGCACGAACCUUAUGAUAUCUACGUCGAUCCUUCGACCUCGCCUGCUCCGUCGUACACUUCGGAGCAGCCGCAGCAUCAACAUCAAACGCUGAUUCCGGGCAUGACCAGCCUCAGUCCCAGUGGCAACAACAACUACAUCCAGGCAGUACCGUACCAUCAAGUGUAUAAAGCUGAAAUCUACCGGCAAGGGUUCGAAGACGGGCUGAGUCCACAGAACCCCGAGGAUGAAGAACUGCUCGAUGCAAUUACCUGGUGGCAGCAGCAGCAGUGAUCUCCUACUUAAGAAAUUAUGUUGAG